CGUAAUUGCGGAAGUGGAAGUUGUCGAAGUUCACCCUGCUUGUCAGUGUUGCUGUUGUAGUCGCUGUGCUGCUAGUGUCCAGAAACAGAGGAUAAUAACUCACAGGGAUGUCUCUGUCUUUCGAGGGAAGAGUUGUGCUUGUCACCGGGGCCGGAGGAGGCCUUGGCAGGGAAUAUGCACUGGCUUUUGCUGCAAGAGGUGCCUCAGUUGUAGUGAAUGACCUUGGGACAGACACUAAAGGGGGUGGACAGAGUUCUGCAGCUGCUGAUAAGGUGGUGGAGGAGAUAAGAGCGAAGGGAGGCAAGGCCGUGGCAAACUAUGAUUCUGUUGAAGAUGGAGAAAAAUUGAUCCAAUCAGCCCUGGAUGCAUUUGGAAGAAUAGAUGUUGUGGUAAACAAUGCUGGGAUCCUCCGUGACCGAUCAUUUGCCAGGACCAGUGAUUUAGACUGGGACCUGAUUCAGAGGAUUCACUUGAGAGGCUCCUUCUUGGUGACUCGAGCUGCCUGGAACCACAUGAAAAACCAAAAGUUUGGCAGAAUUAUCAUGACGGCUUCAGCCGCCGGCAUCUAUGGUAACUUCGGCCAGGCAAACUACAGCGCUGCCAAGCUGGGCAUGCUGGGGCUGUCAAACACGUUGGCCAUCGAGGGAAGCAAGUACAAUGUCCACUGCAACACUAUUGCUCCUAUCGCUGGGUCACGCCUCACAGAGAGUAUCAUGACCCCGGACCUUGUGGCGUCUCUGAAGCCUGAGUAUGUUGCUCCCCUGGUCCUCUGGCUCUGUCAUGAACAAUGCCAAGAAAAUGGAGGACUGUUUGAGCUCGGCGCAGGCUGGAUCGGUAAAUUGCGCUGGGAGCGUUCUCAGGGCUGCACUGUAAGAAAGAAGAACCAACCCAUGACUCCUGAGGCUGUCAGGGACCAGUGGGACAAAAUCUGUGAUUUUACAGAUGCCACCAAGCCUACCAGCGUACAAGAGUCUCUCCAGUCAAUCGUGAGUGUGCUGCCUCAGUUGGACUCGGAGGGAGACAUCGGUGCAAAUCCAACAGCUGUAGCUGCUGCAUCUUCUGCAUCUUCGAUCAAUCCUUCUGAGGCAGUGGGACAAAAACUACCACCGAUCACGUUCAACUUCGACCACAUCCAGUGUAUCCUCUACGCGUUGGGGGUCGGCAUGUCCACCAAGGACCCAGACCAUCUCAGGUUCCUGUAUGAAGGUCAUGAAAGCUUCAGCUGCCUCCCCACCUUCGGGGUCAUUCCCGCCCAGGCAGCCAUGAUGGGAGGCGGGCUCAGCUCAAUACCUGGACUCGACAUAGAUUUCACACAGGUAUUGCAUGGAGAGCAGUAUCUGGAGCUUUACAAACCUUUGCCAACCUCAGGCACUCUCACCUCUGAGACCACCAUAGCAGACAUUUUGGACAAAGGAUCCGGAGCCCUCAUCCUCUUGGAUGUGAACACCUUCAACGGCAACGAGCUGAUUUGCUACAACCAGUUUUCAGUGUUUACGGUCGGAGCUGGAGGGUUUGGAGGGAAGAGAACCUCUGAAAAAGCCAAAGCUGCCGUGCCCCCACCUAAACGGGCACCAGAUGCUGUGGUGAUUGAUUCGACCACGAGAGACCAAGCCGCCCUGUACCGUUUGAGCGGAGACUGGAACCCUCUUCAUAUAGACCCCAGCUUUGCCGCCAUGGGAGGCUUCAAGGCUCCCAUACUUCAUGGCUUGUGCUCGUUCGGCUUUGCUGCGAGACACGUCCUCAAGCAGUUUGCCGACAACGACCCCUCCAGAUUCAAGACCAUCAAGGUUCGCUUUGCAAAGCCAGUGAUGCCAGGUCAGUCACUACAGACUGAGAUGUGGAAGGAAGGCAACAGAAUUCACAUCCAGUGCAAAGUGAAGGAGACCGAAGCCGUGGUGCUAGCUGGGGCCUACGUUGAUUUACACGGCACAUCAGAGGCUUCUCCAGAAACUGUCACCCAAGCGGGGGGCCUUCAGAGUGAGCUUGUGUUUGCAGAGAUCGGCCGUCGUAUCAAAGACAUGGGCUCAGAGUUGGUCAAGAAGGUGAAUGCUGUGUUCGGCUGGGAGAUCACCAAUGACGGCAAGACUGCUGCACAGUGGACCAUUGAUCUGAAGAAUGGCAGCGGCUCCUUGCACAAAGGCCCUUACAGCGGGAAGGCGGAUGUGACCUUCACCGUGUCGGAUGAAGACUUCAUGGAGGUGGUGCAGGGGAAACUGAACCCUCAGAAGGCGUUUUUCUCUGGCAAGCUGAAGGUUAAAGGGAACAUCCUGCUGAGUCAGAAGCUGGAGGUCAUCCUGAAGGACUACGCCAAGCUGUGAGCUCCUCAGCCAACCACUCAGACGACUCUUUCACCAAUUGACCAGCCGACCAGCUCUCUCCGUCUGUCUACUUUACUUCUCCUGAUUCAUGAGUGUGUACAAACGCCUAAACAAAUCAGCCAGUAAGAUUAGGACUACUUCAGAGUGAAUUCUCUCAUAUAAAUGACCUCUAACUGAAGUAUUAAAAUGUACAAAGACUACCUGAUCAAACAUGAGGUCAUCUUUAUUUUAUCACUUUGGCUACGUUGACAUCACAGGGCUCAAUUCUGAUUUUUCCCAAGAUCGAUCUUUCUGCCUAGACUGCUUACAUUCAUGUUUGAGGUGACCCGUAUCUGACAUCAGUGUGAACGGACGCUGCCCUGAAACGCCUCACAUGCAGUCAAUAACAUCACACACCUCUUACUAACGUACACCGAGCGAGCGAGUGAACUCUGGCGGAUGGAGCGUGAAAAAAUGUUCAGAUUCACAACGAGCGACAAACAAGUUCAGGGAGCCGAUGGAGUUCUGAGCGAGCCAAAGCAACGACGGAGGUGUGCAAAGCUUUGCCAAAAUAGAGCUAGGACGAGUGUUUUCUCAAACAGGCAUCAUGUAACUAGCCUGUUGACUGACACACAGAGCAUCUUUAUUAAAGCAUCUUCAUUGGGAAACACUGAAACAACAACAACAAAAAACAUCACACUUGUGACCCAGGCAUUUAGGAAAUAAAAUAAAUGGUUAAAGCUUCACCUCCCAAAUGAUUUGCUGCCGUCAUCGGAUGAUAAUUCAUCAUAUGUUGAGGAUGCGGGUGAGAGGAAGGAGUCAAGAGGAGGACAGAGGAAUCAGGGUGGUGGGGCUGCAGUGUGGAGGGUUUCACAGAGGAGCAGUUCCUCCAAAACUUUAGGAUCAUCAAUAUUCUUCUGUAGUUUUGACACUCUGACACUAUAUGGUGAGUGAUCUGCGCCUGCAGUUAAAUAUGACGUGGAAAAUCCAUGGAUGUAUGGGUAAAACACUCACACAGCGGUCGCAUGACCACUGAUCAGAUAUGUAUCCCAGUUAGGAACAGGUAUACAAGUGGCUGACAUCUUACUGGAAAAAAAUCAAAUCUGUGUGUCUACACUAAUCUGUCAUGAGAGAAAAAAAAAUCAGAUUUGAGCCACAUUAUCUUGUAAUGUGAACGUAGCCUUUGACAACACGGAGGAGGAAACAGGAUUUAAAAAAUGUUUUAAUAAUAAUUCAUUGUCUUUUCAGCCGGUUAGAGCUUACUUGGUUGGUUCUGCCUGGUCCGUCCCUGCUAAAUGUGCACUUAACCCACCUGCCUUUAAAAAACAGGAAAUAAUUAACAGUUUUCAGAUUCAAGAAACAAGUAUCUACUACAGUGAGCCACAUGUCAUCCUAGUACUGGGUGAAUGUACUGGAUGGCAUGAGAACAAUUACAAUUCAAAGUCAUACUCCAGUCUGUUAAAUCAGAAGCAGUUUUUUGUACCUGAUACUGAAAUCUCAAAAUACUGUUAUGAAAUGUAUAAUAAUGUUAUAAUAAUGUAGAGUUUGCUAGCUAUGAAAAAUAAUGAUUUACACUUAAUUUGUAAUGCUAAUUGUGUGACUGUAAAGAAAUUCAGUGUUUGCUCUUCUAUGAAAAUAAAGUAAUUCAGACUAAAAGCUUGAUCGACUGAUGAAUUUAGAGAAUCACAGCUUGUUUUUGCUGCCUCAAGUGGCUGAAAAUUUUAAUCUACACAAGUCAUUAAAUUAACAUAAAUUUUCCAGAAAAGGAGUUGUUUGCACACCUGACUAUGGAGCAAUAGUUUUAUGAAUAGCUUCCUGUUUGGUUUGUUUUUGUGCUUACUAGCUGCAGACAAUGCUGUGUGUUCCCGUUUGUCCCGCUGAUUGACAGUUAAUGUGCAAAGAAAUGUGCCAAUAAAGGCAGUGAAGAAGUCAGUUAGCAAGUAGCUGUAGAUGACACAGGAUUUAAAAACCCAGUUUGCUCCCAGUGGCUGUUCCAUUGGUGUGUGAGUGUGUUAAAAAAAUUGAGUAGUAGGUGAAACCGGGUAUGGUAGCCUCUUACACUCGUGUGAAUGUGACUCGAAGUGUAAAGAGUGCUUUGAGUGGUUGGAAGUGCAAUAAUAUCAGUGCAAUUAUAAGGAACUUUAAUGGGUUUUUUUGCUCUUUAGUUAAUGGAAAGUUGAGACUAGAAACAAAUUAAAUAUGCUGCUUCAGUACUUGCCACUGUGGACAAUAUUUGUUGCAGUCAAAGUUAGAGUUGACCUGUAUCUAUUAAACAAGUGGCUCGAUGGACACCUCCAUUUUCAAAAUUACAGCAAACCAUCUUCUCUUGUUACAUAUUUUUUUUUAUUACAUUGAUACAUUUUCUGUAUAUUUUACAUUGAUUUACACGACAUCUUUAUUAUAAAAUUAGAAUUAUCUGAUUAAAUUCACAUUUGCAAGAUUGAGGAGGGAGGAAAAAAAAAGAAAUGAGUCAGAGCUGAAUGUGAUAUUUGAUUUAGCUGAGCGAGUUUGUUUCAUGUGCUCGUGCACCCUGACACAAACUGAUCUCUUCAUGUUGCGAGUAUUUGAGGGGGGGGGGGG